GCAAGGAAGACAGUAGAAGAAGGAGCCCGAGUGCUUUGGCUCCGUACAAGGGCUUCGCUGGGGCGGGGCCGAGGCGCUGGCUUUAAGAAGGGGGAGGGGACAGUGCAACCAGGGUUGCCCGCGGAUUUCAGCAAAGGAAACCUUCAUCUAGUUCGGGAGCGAGGAGCUAGGAGAGGAGGCUCCCCCGCCUACGCCCUGGGCAGGCCGAAGUGUCACGUUUGCAAUUGCUCGGGAAGGAUCCGGCUGGUCUCCAGAGGCGAGCCGGGCUGCGGUUUCUGCUGCCUGUCAGGGGAGGCGAUGCCUAGGGGGCAUGCUGCUUGCUAGGCAGCACCCCGCCGGGAUCCGACUGCGUUAGUUAGCUCUCCCUGUCACCUGAAGUAAUCGCCGGGCCACUCGUUUCCGGUACAGACCAGCCAGCUCUCCCCAGGAAUCUCAUCGGAACAGAACCAUGGGGCAUCCCCCGCUGGAGUUCAGCGACUGCUACCUGGACAGCCCCGAUUUCCGUGAGAGGCUCAAGUGCUACGAGCAGGAGCUGGAGAGGACCAAUAAAUUCAUCAAAGACGUGAUCAAAGAUGGCAACGCGCUUAUCAGCGCAAUGAGAAAUUAUUCCUCAGCUGUUCAGAAAUUUUCACAGACGCUGCAGUCCUUUCAGUUUGAUUUCAUUGGAGACACUCUGACUGAUGAUGAAAUUAACAUUGCUGAAUCCUUCAAGGAAUUUGCUGAAUUGCUCAAUGAAGUAGAAAAUGAGAGGAUGAUGAUGGUACAUAAUGCUAGUGAUUUGCUGAUCAAACCCCUGGAAAAUUUCCGGAAGGAGCAAAUAGGCUUCACCAAGGAGCGGAAAAAGAAAUUUGAAAAGGAUGGCGAGAGGUUUUAUUCCUUGCUGGAUCGGCACCUACAUCUGUCUUCCAAAAAGAAAGAAUCUCAGUUACAAGAGGCAGAUCUCCAGGUGGACAAGGAGAGGCACAAUUUCUUCGAGUCCUCCCUUGAUUAUGUUUAUCAAAUCCAGGAAGUUCAGGAGUCCAAGAAGUUCAAUAUUGUGGAGCCAGUCUUGGCCUUUCUUCAUAGCCUCUUCAUUUCCAACAGCUUGACUGUAGAGCUCACACAGGAUUUCCUCCCAUACAAACAGCAGCUCCAGCUCAGUUUGCAGAAUACAAGAAAUCAUUUCUCCAGUACCCGGGAAGAGAUGGAAGAACUUAAGAAAAGAAUGAAAGAAGCUCCCCAGACGUGCAAACUUCCAGGACAGCCUACCAUUGAAGGCUAUCUCUAUACGCAAGAGAAAUGGGCUUUGGGAAUAUCCUGGGUGAAAUACUACUGCCAGUAUGAGAAAGAGACCAAAACGCUCACCAUGACACCUAUGGAGCAGAAGCCAGGCGCUAAGCAGGGUCCCUUGGACUUAACCCUGAAGUACUGCGUGAGAAGGAAGACGGAGUCUAUUGACAAGCGGUUCUGUUUUGAUAUAGAAACUAAUGAAAGGCCUGGAACCAUCACUCUGCAGGCCCUUUCAGAAGCUAACAGAAGGCUAUGGAUGGAGGCCAUGGAUGGGAAAGAACCUAUCUACCACAGCCCCAUAACAAAACAGGAAGAAAUGGAGCUGAAUGAAGUGGGGUUCAAGUUUGUUAGGAAGUGCAUCAAUGUCAUUGAGAGCAAAGGGAUCAAGACAGAGGGAUUGUACCGUACCGUGGGCAGCAAUAUUCAGGUUCAGAAGCUGCUGAAUGCCUUUUUUGAUCCUAAAUGCCCAGGAGAUGUUGAUUUUCAUGAUAGUGACUGGGACAUUAAGACAAUCACCAGCUCCUUGAAAUUCUACCUCAGGAAUCUUUCUGAACCUGUCAUGACUUACAGACUUCACAAAGAGCUGGUCUCUGCUGCCAAGUCUGACAACCUGGAUUACCGGCUGGGAGCUAUUCACUCCCUGGUAUAUAAACUACCAGAAAAGAACCGAGAGAUGCUGGAACUUCUUAUAAGACACUUGGUCAAUGUGUGUGAGUACAGCAAAGAGAAUCUUAUGACUCCCUCCAACAUGGGGGUGAUCUUUGGGCCUACUCUGAUGAGAGCUCAGGAGGACACUGUGGCUGCCAUGAUGAACAUCAAAUUCCAAAACAUUGUGGUAGAAAUCCUAAUCGAGCACUUCGUCAAGAUCUAUUCAGGUCCACCUGAGGAAAGUGCUGCACCCCCAGUGCCUCCGCCUCGAGUGACAGCAAGAAGGCACAAACCAAUCACGAUUUCAAAGCGCUUGCUGCGGGAAAGGACAGUUUUCUAUACUUCUUCCCUGGAUGAAAGUGAAGAUGAAAUCCAACAUCAAACACCCAACGGUACUAUCACCAGCACUAUAGACCCCCCCAAGCUGCCACAAUACCCUAAGCUGCCUAUUCAGAGGAAUGGGGAAACUGAUCCUGGGAGGAAGUCUCCAAGCAAGCCUGUUGCAGAUGGCAAGCUGGAGUCCUGCCCUGAGGUGGAUGUGGGGAAAUUGGUGUCUAGACUGCAGGAUGGAGGGACCAAGGCCAUACCAAAGACCACCAAUGGACCUGUGCCAGGCUUUGGGCCCACCAAAGCCCCCACUUUCCACAUAAAGAGACCAGCUCCUCGGCCCCUGGUUCACCCCAAGGAGGGAGACUCUGAUAGUUUCAGCAAGGUGCGGCCUCCAGGAGACAAGCCAACCAUCAUCCGUCCCCCAGUGAGGCCUCCAGACCCUCCCUGCCGGGUAGCUGCUCCUCAGAAGCCAGAACCAAAGCCAGACAUUGUGGCUGGCAAUGCAGGGGAAAUCCCAUCAUCUGUGGUGGCUUCCAGGACCAGGUUCUUUGAAACAGCUUCCCGGAAAACAGGAAGUUCUCAAGGAAGACUUCCUGGAGAUGAGAGUUGAGGCCUCAGGUUUUAAAAGCCUUGGCCUCAGAAGACCCUUUGCAGGUUCUGAAAGGGUCUUCCUCAAACCUUUGUGUGCUGAGUCAUUUUGUGCUGAAGAGCUGCAGCUUCCUGGCCCUGAACCUUGAGGCUCUGGGAUGCUAUAAAAUAAGGGGCGCAUGUCCCAGACACAGGUUUAUAUUUCCUUUGUAUUCUGUCUUCAUUCCCUCAGCUCCUGUAAGACUGUGAAUGGCUGAACUCCCUCAAGCCAGACUGCAGAAACCAGGCUAUCCAUUGACCUGAGUUGAAGAAGGGAGCUCAGUUUUCAACUCUUCUCUGAACUUCCUGCCUCCUCAAAAGACCAUCGAACUCUGAAAGAUUUGGGGCUGAAGACUGAUCUCAGAGGUCAUACCCUGCACUAAAAGCUACUGGAGUUGGGGCUAUUGUUUAUUCUGGAAGCAGGGGAGUAGGAACAUUUGCUGAACGUUGGAGAAUCUUAACAUGUCUCUUACUGGGAAUAUGGACCCUGGUCCCAGGUCGGAGCUCUGGCACUACAACGUAUUGCCAAGAACCUGUCUGCUCCUGUGGGAACAGACAGAAUGGCUGAUGACUGCACAACCCCUCCAGGUGGAUCAGGAAGAUGGUCUUCCUGCUCUUGCAUACAGCCACUUAGGACAAAUCUGCAAAGCAUGUUUGGCAUGCCAAAGCCUAGGUCUGUUUGAAUUACUCUUCUUUCUGCUUUCUCCUGACAGCUUCCUUUCCAAGCAGUCAAGAGAGAAACAAAAGCUGAAAACAGUUCUUUUAUAAAGGCAGACUGUUUUUGUCCUGUAGGAGUUCCAUUUUUGGGUCAAAUGCUGGGAAAAAUUGUUAAGAUGGAUUGAGGCCAGGCAGAUGUCACUGUUGCAUCAUGCUUGCCUUCUACAGAUAAGCUCUUUUAUCUCCUGAAAGCAGCAGUUCUUAACCCAGUGUCCAGGGAUUCAGGAACUUCAUGAAGCCUCUGAAAUGGUAUGCAGAAUUCCACAACAAUGUGCCUUUUCUGGGGAGAUGGUCCAUAACAUUCUACUGAAUUUCAAACGGGCCUAUGACCCAAUAAAGGUGAAGAACCACAGUCUUCAAGAUAAAAACCUCUUUUUAUAACCCAUAAAGUAUGUGAUUGGAAGGGCCUUUCAGAAUAACUUAGUCUAACACCCUAGUUUACCAUUGGGGAAACUGCGGCAGAACAAGUUAGCGACCAUGCCUGAACAAGAUAAGAUCUCAGGUCCCUGGGCUCCUACACAAGGUUCUUUCCAUUAUACUACACUUAUCUAGCAAGGGGACUUAUAAUUGGUGGCUCUGGUGGUCAUCAUUUUGGGAGUUUUGCUUUUGCCCUCUUUCUUGAGUCUCACAUAUUUGCCACCAAAUGGAAAAUUUCCAGACAUCAACUCCUGGUUUUCCUCAUUUGCUGUCUCAAUCAUUGGAAAGAAACUACAACACAAUGGGUGUAGUGAGUCAGAAAUCUGAGUAGACAUUUCUGAUUCUUGUUUGUUGAAGGGAAGCUGCUAGAGAAGGUGUCAUUGCUUGUGUUCCCAUGCAGAAGCCUGGGCCAUAGCCUGUCUUUAGGGUCUGUGUAAUUAUAAUAUGGCCCAGUGUGAGAAAGAGGGCUUUCCUACUUGGACCCUUCUAGCAAGGCCCUGCUAGUGCACUGACUAUAGCCCUGAGAGAAGUGUAGACAUAGAGGGGGGAGAUGAGGGAGAUGGAGGGGGAGAUGGAAGAAGGGAAAGAUAAAGAAAGAGAGAGAAUGCACACAUGCGAAAACCAACUCUGAGAUGCCUUUGGGAUAGUGUCACUGAAAGGCAGUAGUCACUUUCAAGACUGAACUCUAAACAUGGUUUAUUAGUGAGUUAGUAACAUGUAGGCUAAACACACUGAGAGCCUUGUGUAAGUAAUUGAGUGGAAACUUGAUGCCAUUCUCAAUCAAGACAUGCCCAGCUGGCCUCAUUGAACUCUCUCAGCUCUACUCAGUCUCAAAGGCAAAGUUGCCAAGAAACCAGGAGCAAGAGAGCCAAGUGGCCACCAUUCUACCUGCUGCUGAGGCCCAAAGGGAAUCUCUGUGAGGCCCUCCUGGCUUCACCCAGGAAGUGCUCAUUGAGCCAUGGUCUCAGAGCUGUGGCCUCUCUGCUCUGUCCCAUGAGAUGACUAACUAAAGCAAGAAGGUGUGCAGAUUUUGGGCACAGAAGCAGUGGCCAAUGGGGCUUCAGUACCUUUGAAGAUGGCAGAGACAUGGUUUCACUCUGGAUUUCUUGGAGGGAAAUACCACAACCAUCACUACAAAUAUUGAAAGAUUAUCGAGAACCAGAGAAAGCCACUUGAUGCUGGUGAGAUAGGUGUCCCACAAAUGUGGCCAUGAGUUUGCCUUGUGUUUCCUGGGACACAGACCAAGAGCCUGGCCUAGAGAGUUGGGACUACCAGUCUGGCUGGAGACCAGGAAGCAGUGGCUGGCUAGCUCUGGGCUAUACCCAAAGAAUGCCAAAGAAUGAACCUCAGUGCCUCCCCUUUCACACUCUGAUUUAAAGAGCAAAAGCUUCUGUGGUGAUGAACACUGUUAUGGAAUUAGACUGGCUUGACCCAGGCUAGAUGGAUGAAUAGUCAUUCAGAAGAAGCUAUGGCAAGGGGUGAUAAUUGAAGAGUGGCAACUAUAGGAAAUUAUCAGCAGGUUAGAGAAAUUGGUAAUGGAUGAAUUGUAAAUCUUGAACUGACUGUAAUAACAUUUAUUAAGCCUCUACUAAAUGCUAGGUGCUUCAUAUACAUUAUUUCAUUUAGUCCUUAAAACAAUCAUUCAGGUAGAUGCUAUUCUCCUCAUUUUACAGAUAAAGGAUUUAUGGCCUAGGGGGCUAAGGAAACUGACUCAAGGUCACACAGAAAGUAAAUAACAGAACUGUGAUUCAAAUCCAGACCUCUCUGACUUUGCACCCCAUGCUGUUUUCCCUCUGCCACACAGAGGCCACAUUACUGGAGCUAGCAUGACUGUGACUCUUGCCUGUGUAACAAAAUAUUAAAAGGCAAGCAUUUGAGGAGAAGGAUGAGGAUGCAGGUCCAGUUUACAGGAGAACAAAAACUGGGCUGGGAGAGAUUUCUGAGUUGAGUUUUCUCCUCACCUUCAGUGUACCCAUUUGGUAAUGUUUUUAAAAAGAUCAUUUAAUUUUACGUUGUGAAAUGAAGGAUUGAUUUUUUACUUGGUGGUUGUUAAGUCCUUGGCUUAGCUGUUUCUCAAAGAUAAAAAGGUCCUUGUAUGUGUCUGUGUACUUCACCAAGGUUGUAGCAUGUGCAGUUUCAGCCCAAGAAACUGGCGAUAUUCACACAUGCAGUUUGAGAAGCAGAAAAGGUCUACUUGCCUCUGUAGUGCUUGAUACCUUGAGGUAAAAUCCCUAUGAAGUUGUUCUGUGGUGAUUGCAAAAGUUAAGAGAUGAUUUAGAAUAAGAAAUAUUAUUGAAGUUUUUGUUUAAAAAAAGGUAGGAGGAGUUGUCCAGCCACUAAGGGGUGAAACUCAGCAUCCAACAUCAAUAAUAAAAAAGCAUUAUGUAGAGUAUUUCUAAAAUAAUUGGCUGUCGUGGGGAAGUAUCCUUCCCUUUUCAAGAAGUUCCUUGAUUCUGUAAUAACUAGAACUAAUAAAGUAGUAGAAAAAGAACUGUUUCUAUGACUAGAAAAAAAUUGCUUUUGAGAGAAUGUAAAUCAAUGAUACUAUUUUUAAUGUAGCUGCAGAUAAAUGGCCUUCACACAUUACAAGCUUAGAAAAAGCUUCAGAAACAUUUAAAAAUUGCAGAGAGAAUCAAGAUGCCUUGAAGAGAUGUUGUUGAUGAAGAAAAGCUUUCAUUUUCAUAAGGAAAAGAAGCACUUGAUACCAAGGACAUAAAUAGAUGCUGGAAAGACUGCCUACAUGAAAUACAUAUGUAAUAUCAAAAAAAAGUAUCAGAUUCUGGGGCCCGGUCAUGUGAUUUGCAAUAAAGUAUGCAGACCGUCUAGUAUUAA